GCAUGGGAGGGCGCAUUUUAUUAACGCCCACAGUAUGCACAUGCAGUUACAUGACAUGUUGCACUGUUCAGAGAUGUUACGCGAUCACGAACGCUACUCACGGAAUGGUGUGGAGUAUAAACACGUGGUCAUCGCCAGAAUUGAUGUCACGCUCUUCGCUGCACAUCCUGAUUUAUUGGGUUAUCGGAGUACCCGGAUUACUUCUGGUAGUAGUAUGGGAAUGAACAAAAGGAAAUUGGAUUUGACGCAGGAUAAGGAAAAUCAUUUGGAGACGGAGGAACAAGACACUGUUCCUGCUGGAAAACAGCCAGGAUACUACAGGACAACAAGACAUCGAUAUUGACACAAGAACUACCACCACCAUAGAAAACCAAGAUCAAAACACUAUUCCACGUGCCCUCACGUUUGCCAAUCUGGGCUAUGACUAUGGCG